AUGCGACAACGUCGUUGGGUAGAACUUUUGAACGACUAUGAUUGUGCCAUCAAGUAUCAUCCGAGUAAGGCUAACGUGGUAGCUGAUGACCUCAGUCGGAAGGAAAUGAAACCCAAGCGUGUUCGUGCCUUGCAGCUCACCAUACAUUCUAACCUACCUGAUCAGAUUCGUUCUGCACAAACCGAAGCGUUAAAAGAAGAAAACAUUGAAGCAGACUACCUAAGGGGCAUGGAAAAGCAACUUGUAGAGAGAUCGGAUGGUAUUCUCUACUUCAUGGAGCGUGUAUGGAUUCCUUCGUUUGGUAACCUUAGAGAACUUGUGAUGGCUGAAGCGCACAAGUCUCAAUACUCUGUUCACCCAGGUUCGGAUAAGAUGUAUCAGGAUCUCAAAGUCAUGUAUUAG